UUUCUGUUUGAUUAAUAUAUUAUGUGACCAUAUGCAUUUUUUAACCCACCUUGGCGGUAUUCCCGAGUGUAGCUUGGGAUAAAGUUUCAGUACCAAAAGCGGUAACCCGAGCUACACUCGGGCUUACCAUGCUCCGGGAUCCCUCGAUCACUUGCCUUGUCCUGUGCUCCCGCGAUGUCCCUCCUGCAGUGUCCGCUGUAAUAUCUUCCGGCGGAUGCCGGCAUCUGUCAUCUGGGUUCCGUCCCCUGCGAGUGUCGGGACGUACUGGGACGGAACGGCGGGUAAUUUGAAAAUGACAAAAAG